CCACAUGCUGCUUCUGGGGCGCACAGGGCACACCCGCAUAGGCUGGGCCACGCAGCGAGCCAACAGGCGCUCACCCCUCGGCAACAAGGGCUAUCGCACGGUGCUGGCAACGAGAGGCGUGCUGGAAGGCGCGUGUUGAGUGAGGAUCGGUUAUCAGCGACGAGCAGCAAGGGCUAUUGCACGGUUCUAGCAACGAGAGGAGUGGUGGAAGGCGCGUGGUCACUCAAUUCCCCACACUCCCCUCACUCCCUCCCUCCCCUCCUUCCCUUACUCCCUCUGCAGCUGAGUGAGGAUCGAUUGUCAGCGACAAGCAGCAAGGGCUAUCGCAUGGUGCUGGCAACAAGGGGGGUAAUGGAGGGCGCGUGGUAUUUCGAAAUCCACAUGCUGCAUCUGGGGCAGUCAGGGCACGCCCGCAUAGGCUGGGCCACGCAGCGCGCCGACAUGCAGACUCCCGUGGGGUUUGAUGCCCACGAGCAGCAAGGGCUAUCGCACGGUGCUGGCAACGCGAGGCGUGCUCGAAGGCGCGUGGAAUUUCGAGAUCCACAUGCUGCAUCUGGGGCGCACAGGGCCGUUCAACCUUCUCCCUGUCCCUAUGCCCCAUACUCCCCUCACACCCAGUUGAGUGAGGACCGACUAUCAGCCACGAGCAGCAAGGGCUAUCGCAUGGUGCUGGCAACGAGAGGAGUGCUGGAAGGCGCGUGGUAUUUCGAAAUUCACAUGAUGCAUCUGGGGCAGUCAGGGCACACCCGCUGCCCGCGUAGGCUGGGCCACACAGCGAGCCGACAUGCAGACGCCCGUGGGCUAAGUGACGAUCGAUUAUCAGCCACGAGCAGCAAGGGCUAUCGCACGGUGCUGGCAGUGAGGGGGGUAAUGGAGGGCGCGUGGUACUUCGAAAUCCACAUGCUGCAUCUGGGGCGCACAGGGCACGCCCGCAUAGGCUGGGCCACACAGCGGGCCGACAUGCAGACGCCCUUGAGCGAGGACCGAUUGUCGGCCACGAGCAGCAAGGGCUAUCGCACAGUUCUAGCCACCAGAGGGGUGCUGGAAGGCGCGUGGUAUUUCGAGAUCCACAUGCUGCAUCUGGGGCGCACAGGGCACGCCCGCAUAGGCUGGGCCACACAGCGGGCCGACAUGCAGACGCCCGUGGGGUUUGACGCGUGGGGGUUUGGGUUCCGGGAUGUGGAUGGGAGUGCGGUGCACCAGGCUGUUAGGAGGGCGUACGCUGGAGGAUCGCUGGAUUUCCCACCUCUGCCUCCUUCCAGUGCUACUGCCACUGCUGCUGCUUCUGCGGCUGCUGCUGCUGCUGCUGCUGCUGCUGCUACUGCCGCUGCCGCCACUGCUGCUGCGCCGGCUGCUGCAGCCGCUGCCGGUGGCGACAUGGAAAAUGCACCUGACAGGAAAACUCCACCUGAAAAUGCAUUUGCACAGCCUGAAACCACUCACAACCGUUCCCGACCGCAGCAUGCAGGGGACAUAAGCAAGCGGGCCCCUGGGUACGUGGAGGGCGACGUGAUUGGCUGCUACAUCAGCCUGCCAGGUGGCGCCAUGCUGGCGCCCAAGCCGCGGCCGCUGGUGACGUGGAAGGGGCAGCCGUGCUACGUGGAGAGCGAGGAGAGUGGAAAAGGAGGACCUCCCAUACCUGGGAGUGAAAUCGCGUUCUUUCGUAACGGGGUGUGUCUGGGGAAGGCGUUUAAAGACAUUCCAGCAGGGAGAUACUUCCCGGCAGCUUCCCUCUUCACGCUGCCCGACCAAUCAGAGGGCGCCACCGUGCGUUUCAACUUCGGGCCAAACUUUUCGCACCUGCCCAAAGAUUGGGGAAACCGGCCUGUGCCGGGAGUUUUUUCAGCUGCCCCUCACAUUCCUGCUUCGGAGUAUGAAGCUGACCUUGGGGAGGGGGAGGGGAAGGAGGAGGGGGAGAGGGAAGGGAAGGAGAAGGAGGGGAACGAUGUGGAGGGGAAGGAGAAAAGGGAGGAGGGGAGAAAGGAAGGGAGAGAACUUAAGAAGGAGAAGGAGGAUGGUGGGAGUAAGGAGAGGGGAAUAGUGAAGGAUGAGAAAGAGGAGGGUGAAGGUAAGGAUGCGAAACUACAGGGUGGGGAGGAGGGAGAGGGGGAGGAGGAUGAGAAGAAUGGUGAGAUGGAGGAGGAAGAAGGGAAGAAGGUGAAAGAAGGGAGGGAGGAGAUAGACGGGGAAGUGAAAGGGGAGGGGGAUAGUGUGGAUGAUAGGGUGGGAAGGGUGAACAACAAGGGUGGAGUGCAAGAGGAGAGUAAGGAGGGAGAAACGGGGAGUGGGAGGAAUUUAGAGGAGGGAGAGGGGGAUAGGGAGAGUGGCAGAGGGAGGGACGAUGCGAUGGAGAAGCAAGGAGGUGGAGAAGAUGGGAAGGGGAGUGAAGGCGGAGCAGGAGGGGAAAUUCCCCCAUAUGACGAGGCAAUGCUGGAGCCGUUCCGGCUUUCUGGGGAGAUUCUUGCUGACGUGGCAGCGGCAUUUGACCAUGCCAGGUCAACGUUCGCAUGUGUGGAGUCCACGUGUCCCACAGAUACCACCGUCACCUCUGCUGCUUCAGCAUUCCAUGCCGUCUCACCUGCUGUCGUCUCACCUGCUGCCGUCUCACCUGCUGCCGUCUCACCUGCUGCCGUCUCACCUGCUGCCGUCUCACCUGCUGCCGUCUCACCUGCUGCCGUCUCCCCUGCUGUCGUCUCCCCUGCUGACGUCUCACCUGCUGUCGUCUCACCUGCUGUCGUCUCCCCUGCUGACGUCUCACCUGCUGCCGUCUCCCCUGCUGUCGUCUCCCCUGCUGACGUCUCACCUGCUGCCGUCUCACCUGCUGUCGUCUCACCUGCUGCCGUCUCACCUGCUGCCGUCUCACCUGCUGCCGUCUCACCUGCUGCCGUCUCACCUGCUGCCGUCUCCCCUGCUGUCGUCUCCCCUGCUGACGUCUCACCUGCUGCCGUCUCACCUGCUGCCGUCUCACCUGCUGCCGUCUCACCUGCUGCCGUCUCCCCUGCUGUCGUCUCCCCUGCUGACGUCUCACCUGCUGCCGUCUCACCUGCUGUCGUCUCACCUGCUGCCGUCUCACCUGCUGCCGUCUCCCCUGCUGUCGUCUCCCCUGCUGACGUCUCACCUGCUGCCGUCUCACCUGCUGUCGUCUCACCUGCUGUCGUCUCACCUGCUGCCGUCUCACCUGCUGCCGUCUCACCUGCUGCCGUCUCCCCUGCUGUCGUCUCCCCUGCUGACGUCUCACCUGCUGCCGUCUCACCUGCUGCCGUCUCACCUGCUGUCGUCUCACCUGCUGCCGUCUCACCUGCUGCCGUCUCACCUGCUGCCGUCUCCCCUGCUGUCGUCUCCCCUGCUGAUGUCUCACCUGCUGCCGUCUCACCUGCUGUCGUCUCACCUGCUGUCGUCUCACCUGCUGCCGUCUCACCUGCUGCCGUCUCACCUGCUGCCGUCUCCCCUGCUGUCGUCUCCCCUGCUGACGUCUCACCUGCUGCCGUCUCACCUGCUGCCGUCUCACCUGCUGUCGUCUCACCUGCUGCCGUCUCACCUGCUGUCGUCUCACCUGCUGCCGUCUCACCUGCUGCCGUCUCACCUGCUGCCGUCUCCCCUGCUGUCGUCUCCCCUGCUGACGUCUCACCUGCUGCCGUCUCACCUGCUGUCGUCUCACCUGCUGUCGUCUCACCUGCUGCCGUCUCACCUGCUGCCGUCUCACCUGCUGCCGUCUCCCCUGCUGUCGUCUCCCCUGCUGACGUCUCACCUGCUGCCGUCUCACCUGCUGCCGUCUCACCUGCUGUCGUCUCACCUGCUGCCGUCUCACCUGCUGCCGUCUCCCCUGCUGUCGUCUCCCCUGCUGACGUCUCACCUGCUGCCGUCUCACCUGCUGUCGUCUCACCUGCUGUCGUCUCACCUGCUGCCGUCUCACCUGCUGCCGUCUCACCUGCUGCCGUCUCCCCUGCUGUCGUCUCCCCUGCUGACGUCUCACCUGCUGCCGUCUCACCUGCUGCCGUCUCACCUGCUGCCGUCUCACCUGCUGUCGUCUCACCUGCUGCCGUCUCACCUGCUGCCGUCUCACCUGCUGCCGUCUCCCCUGCUGCCGUCUCCCAUGCUGCUCUCUCCCCCUCACGUGAAAGUAGCUACCUGUCCUCCCCGCUACAGCCGGCAGCAUCGCCAUCAGGUGUAGCAGAACAAGCAUGUGCUACAGCCGCCACUUUGGCUACUGCUGCUACAUCUGCUGCAGCCGGCCCUACCUGCUACCUGUCCGCGCUGCUACAGCCAGGAGCAGCACCACCAGGUGUACCAGAACAAGCAUGUGCUACAGCCAGCACUCCGACUACCGCUGCUGAUUCUUCUGCUGCGACAAGCGGCCUUACCCGCAGCAUGCUCGCCCUGCUACAGCCGCCAGCAGCACCAUCAGGUGUGCCGAAGCAAGCAAGUGCUACAGCCGGCGCUCUAACCACCGCUGCUUCUUCUGCUGCAGCCGGCCCUACCUGCUGCAUGUCCAUGGGGGAACCAUUCGCACCUCUCCCCCCAUCAGCCCCCACAGCAGCAGCAGUACCCUGUGUUCCUAGUAGCCCAGCCGUCCCACACCCCGCCCGACCGCUUCAUCUUGUGAAGAGGAGUGCUGGGACGUCCCAGAAUCUGCUUUCUGCACCAGUUGUGUCCAUUGGAAGAAACCCAUCCGCACCUCUCCCCCCAUCCGCACCUCUCCCCCCAUCCGCACCUCUCCCCCCAUCCGCACCUCUCCCCCCAUCCGCACCUCUCCCCCCAUCCGCACCUCUCCCCCCAUCCGCACCCACAGCAGCGGUACCCUCUGUGCCCAGUAACCCAGCCGCUCCAUACCCCUCUCAACCGCUUCGUCUCGCCCACACACCACCUGGCAGGUGUGGACAACCCACUCCGCCCGACCCGUGCCGCCCAGCGGAGUUUCCACUUCUGUGUCUGCCCCAGUGUGUCCCCGUACCUCCAGUUAGCUUUGCUCUUCCCACACCUCCCCCCUGUGCCAACCACAAACCACCCUGCCGUGCGUCCCCACCUGCUACCCCAGCUGUAGCGGCAAUGCCAACCCCACCAGCCAGCCCGGCUGUAGCAGCUACGCCAACCCCGCCGGCCAACCUGGCUGUAUUAGCAACGCCGAGCCCACUAACCAGCCCGGCUGUAGCAGCAGUGACAACCCCACCAGCCAGGCUGGCUGUAGCAGCUACACUAUCCCUACUAACCAGCCCAGCUUUAGCAAGUGCACCAGUCACAGCCAGCACUCCCCUAGGGGCAUGUGAGAGCAGUGGCACGAGCUACAGCAGCCAUAGCAGCAGCAGCACAAGCAGAAGCAGCGGAAGCCGCAGCAAGAGGAGGAGGGAGGGGGAGGGCGAAACUGGUGGUAUUCUCACCUGCGAGAAACAACAUUUCUCAGUGCAUUCUGGGAGAGUGGUAACAGAGCCUCCUCUUAAAGGUGUGGAGGGGUUUACCAGGGCUGUGAGGGAGGGGGCGGGCGGAUUGGCCUUUACAGCACCUGCUCCCCAGGGUCUUGCGGAGUUUGCAAGGGCUGUGAGGGAGGAAGGGGGCGGAAGGGGUGGUAUGCCCACCUGCAAGGAGCAGCAAUUCUCUGUGAAUGGAGGCGGGGUGGUAUCAACAGCCCCGCCUCUCCAGGGUCUUGCGGAGUUUGCCAGGGCUGUAAGGGAGGGGGAGGGGGGCGGAAGAGAUAGCAUGCUCACCUGCAAGGAACAUCCAGGGAGGGUGGUAUCAACAGCCCCUCCUCUCCAGGGUCUUGAGGAGUUUGCAAGGGCGGUGGGGGAGGGGGAGGGCGGAACUGGCGAUAUGCUCACCUGCAAGGAACAUCCAGGGAGGGUGGUAUCAACAGCCCCUCCUCUCCAGGGUCUUGAGGAGUUUGCCAGGGCGGUGGGGGAGGGGGAGGGCGGAACUGGUGAUAUGCUCACCUGCAAGGAACAUCCAGGGAGGGUGGUAUCCACAGCCCCUCCUCUCCAGGGUCUUGAGGAGUUUGCCAGGGCGGUGGGGGAGGGGGAGGGCGGAACUGGUGAUAUGCUCACCUGCAAGGAACAUCCAGGGAGGGUGGUAUCCACAGCCCCUCCUCUCCAGGGUCUUGAGGAGUUUGCCAGGGCGGUGGGGGAGGGGGAGGGCGGAACUGGUGAUAUGCUCACCUGCAAGGAACAUCCAGGGAGGGUGGUAUCCACAGCCCCUCCUCUCCAGGGUCUUGAGGAGUUUGCCAGGGCGGUGGGGGAGGGGGAGGGCGGAACUGGUGAUAUGCUCACCUGCAAGAAACAAGAUUGCUCUGCGCAUCCAGUGGAGUUGCGUUACAGGGAAGUGCGUGCAGGGGGGGUGGCAUCCACAGCCCCUCCUCUCCAGGGUCUUGAGGAGUUCGCAAGGGCUGUGAGGGAGCGAAUUGCCAUGGGGAGUGGGAUGGUUGGAGAGGGGAGUGGGAGAUGGGAGUGGGGGAGUGUGGGAGGAGGGAUUGUGGGAGGAGGGAGUGUGGGGGUUGUUAGUGUGGGAGGUGUGACUGCCGGUUGUGUGACUGUAACGCAGCCUGACUCUGGUGCUGUUGGCUGUGAGGAGGCUGCUGGUGCUGAGGGGAAAGAAUUGGAAAGGAGUGGGAGCAAGGCGACAGGCGUGAAAGGGGUUCCUGUGAGGAGGAGACGCAAUCGUAUCAAAUCUGAACGAUCUCGCCGCAAGCGAGUGAGGUGA